UUGAAGACGUUAUUGCAGAAUAAGUCAUAUUAGUGAAAUAACGUCUUUUAUUUCUAUUAUCUUAUAAUUAAACUGCGAGUAUUUUUUAAAUAGUUAUCAUAUAUACAGACCAAAACUCUUUGAUUUCAGAGUGGUGUUUCCAUUGUAAUAUUUCUGUAUAUGUAUAUUUAGAUUAUACUUCAUCAUCGGAUGCUUAUCCCGGUUUCGAUUGGUUUUCAACAAGUAUUUUUCUUUUAAUGGGUUGUGAUGAUAUACGAUCAUGGCGAUGGUUACGUACAUUUUCAUUGCUUUUACCAUCUGGUUUUCUCUGGCAUGCACGUCUUUUUAAUACACCAUUUAUCAGUAAUGAAAUGAAUAUUAAUGGUUUAAAUCCAGUUUAUGCUGGUAUAGGACAUUGUGUUGAAUUAAUAGUUGAGCAAGAAAUGGCACCAAUAUUUGCUGCUUUUCGUAUGUCAGGUUUAGCUAUAUCUCAUAUGGUUGUACAUUGGACAAAGCAAUGUUUUUGGUCUGUAUUAGAUUGGCCAGAAAUUGUAACAUAUAUUUGUGUAUGUAUACUUUAUGGUAUUGAUUAUCAAGUAUAUUUUUGUGUUGCACUUCUUCGUCAUUUAAAACAAGAUAUUAUAUAUCAACAUUCAUUAAGAAACCUAUUACCAUUUCUUAAAUGUCAUCAAAUUCGAGGAUUUUCAAUGCGUAAUGUUAUUGAUUAUAUGGUAUCAUUAGAAAAAAAAUAUCGACCUAUAAUUAUACCAGAACUUAAAGAACUUCUUUGUUUUAAUUCUAAUGUAUCAAAUACAACUAAUAAACAAGCGAAUGUUUAA